AUGCUAUCACCAAAACUAAGUUUCCUAUUUUUGAUUGCAGUUUUUCAUCUUAUCAAAACUCAACGCAGAAUCAAAGAUGGUCAAGAAACCGAUGCUGAAAAGCGAUAUGUGGUGUACUUAGUAAAGGCUCCAACAUCUCCCAGAGCGUACGACGCUUGGCUCUGUGGGGGGGCCAUAGUGAGCAAAGACUACAUAGUGACCUCAGCUGCUUGCGUCGAAGACGUCCAGCAUAUGUACGCCAUAGCUGGCUACAAGAAGUACGUGCCUACCAGCGAGCUGGAAAACGAUCAGUGCACGCAAAAGAUGAAGAAGAAGGUCGUGUUUACUUGCGUUCCCAAAUCAUACGAAUUGGACUACGCUAAAAUUGAGAAAUGGUCGUUCAUAGACAUAGCGGUGGUGAAGGUGGAAUCACCAUACAAUUUCAAUGACAUGACCUACAAUACCCUGUGCUCAUACAAACCUUUGAGCAUCCCGAUCAACUACGAGACAAAAUAUCAGGAACCUGGUGUUGAUACUAUGGUGCUUGGUUGGGGACAUUUGGACCAAUGGAGGAAGCCAGAAGACUCGACCGACUACAACCAAGAUACCUUGCACUUCGCGGCAACCCUAAUCCAUGACAAGGAGGAAUGCAAAAAGUACUUCGCAGAAAUCGGUUCUUUGGAUCAUGUCAUUGACAAGUACAUGAUCUGCACUUUAGAGGGCGGUAACAUCGACUCGAAGGGAGAGCAGAUACUGAAAAGCAGGCCAGUAGCUGAUGGAUGCACUCCUAACAUUGAAAGGUUGAAGCAUGGUGAUAUUGAAUGCGAGGAGGACGAAACGGUCAUCAUGGAUGAGACCAGAAAGACAUUCUCUAAAAUACUGAUGAGACAACAAAACAAAACUAGACGACAAGGAUUUUGUCAGAACGAUCACGGCGGCCCCCUAGUGACCUGGGUCGGAAGCCACGAGGUGCUUGUCGGGGUGGCAUCGGUGUUCAGGGUGACCGACGACUCUUAUUGCACCGGGCCCUACCUGUAUACGAGCACGCAAUGCAACGGGGCCUUUCUGGACUGCGUCGUCAAUGAGGGAGAGACGAGAAGAAGAGCCAUCUGCGACAAGGAUCCCAGCGAAAGAGGUUUUGACACGAUAGAAAGGCAUAUAUCCUGGAUGAACCGCCCCGAAGGGCCGGCUGAUAAUGAAAGACUGCUGAUGAGACCGCAAGCCCCGCUGAAUAAAUAUUACAAAUGGGACGUCACACCGAGUGCUUGA